AUGAUGUUUGACUUGUCCUAUUCCGUGAAGGGAGAGGAUGAGCCCUUCAAAAUGGAGUUCAAAGAGGUGAUCUUCGUGAUGGAAGAUGUAGAUUGUGCCUCCAAAGUGGUCUACGCUCGCAAGGGCGCUUCUGCACAGAUGGCCGCGCAAGCCGGUUCCAUGCUGACCACGACAACGACGGCAGCCACACCAGAGGUAUCGGCCGAGGCAGCGCCUGGUGAAGCGGAGAAGAAAGAAAUGAAGAAGGAGAUCAAGGAGCUGAAGGAGGAGAAGGCCCUCGGCAACCUCUACCGCGCCCAGUCCGCGCCGCCGAACACGCACGGAGCCGCGGCGCUGCACGUCGACCCGUCGCAGCUGAAGCGCAACGCGCCCUUCGACGUGGCGAAGCUCAUGCGCCAAGUCUCCAAGGUGGCGGAAGACGGCGACCCAGCGAAGGCCAGCAACGAAGAAGAGAGCGACACGGAGAGUGACACCAGCUCGCCUGAAGAUCUGCCGGCGGAUCUGCCUGCGGCGGUGGUCACCGUUGAGACAGAGAGCGCGAGCAAGAAGAAGUCGCUGGAUGUGGAGCUUGAUAAGCUGAACCUUUCAGGGCUUCUCAACAUCUUGGACGGCGUGGUGGACACGCCAGGCCGCGUGGUGGUGAUGACCACGAACCACCCGGAAAAAUUGGAUCCUGCGCUCAUCCGCCGGGGACGCAUUAACAAAAAAAUCCACCUGGGCUUUGUGGAUGCAGACACGCUACUGAAGAUGGCCAAGCACUACAUCUGCCGCGACAGCGAGCUCCCGUCCGGCGCCCAAGAGCUGGCGCAGGAGCUCUGCGGCGCCGGGCGCGGCAUCACGCCCGCGUGGGUGGAGCAGUGCAGCGCCGAGUCGGAGGACUUCGACGGCUUCGUGAAGCAACUGAGGGUGCUGAAGAACGCCGCGUUGCCGGGCGCCAAGGCGCCGCCAGCGCCGCCGCCCAAGGCGGACGUGGCGUCCACACGUUGGUAG